AUGCCUCCUAAAAAACAGCCAGAGAAAGGUGCGAAAUCGGGUGGAAAUAAUAAAAGUGGCGGGAAAUCUGGAGGCGAUACAAAAGAACCGGCUACAAAAGAGAAAAAAGGUGGGACAGCUGUCAAAGUACGUCAUAUUUUGUGUGAAAAACAAUCCAAAUGCUUAGAAGCAUUGGAGAAAUUAAAAGCCGGACAAAAAUUUCCCGAUGUAGCUGCAGCAUAUAGUGAAGAUAAAGCACGACAGGGGGGUGAUCUGGGUUGGAUGACUCGCGGUUCUAUGGUUGGCCCCUUUCAAGAUGCAGCAUUUGCUUUACCAAUAUCAUCGGUCACCAACCCCAUAUACACAGAUCCUCCCGUAAAAACGAAGUUUGGAUAUCAUAUUAUUAUGGUUGAAGGAAAAAAA